ACCUGUAAUUCCAGUCUCCAGCUUGAAGUCGUUGUCAGAGAGACGGAUCUCGAACGCGUCGGUCGACGAGAAUCUCCAUACCUCUUCCCCCACCGCUACUUUAAGAGACAUCAGCAUCAGACCAUAUCUUGUAAACCAAGAACUGUCCCCUCUCUCGUCACUUUUUUGACCGCCGCAGCAUCCGUGGAGCAUACUGUUGGGCGGGCUGGCGGGCGCACUCAAAUAUGCAGCACAUGCAGGCCUCGCAUGGCAUGGCAUCGCGUUGCAUCGCAUCAACCAUCAACGCUAAUAAAGGGACCCAAGCCAAUGCCCAUGUGGCCUCUGCAACAUGAAGACAGUGAGGCCGCACUCAUCUCGCAUCGCACGCCCGACUGGCUAGUCGCCGUCAUAGAUUAG